AUGUCUGUGAGAAUUUUCGCUUCUCGAGCAACAAAGGUCGGAAGAACUUUGUUAUUUAAGCGUGGCUAUGUCUCUGCUACCACAGAUCAGCCAUUGAAGAAGACAUGUUUGUAUGAUUUCCACGUUAAAAAUGGUGGUAAAAUGGUUCCCUUUGCCGGAUAUUUGAUGCCUGUUCAAUAUGCAAAUACGGGUGUACUGGCUUCACAUUUGCAUACGCGGGAGAACUCUUCAUUAUUUGAUGUGUCACAUAUGCUUCAAACAAGGUUGACAGGCAAAGAUAGAAUUGCGUUUCUUGAAAAAGUCAUCGUAGCCGAUGUGCAAAACCUUCCAUCUGGAAAAUCAACACUUUCAGUGUUCACUAAUGAGAACGGAGGCAUUAUCGAUGACACCGUUAUAUGCAAACAUGACGAUCACAUAUAUAUAGUCUCCAAUGCCGCUUGCGCCGAGAAGGAUUUAGCACACAUGCGCACAGAAUUGGAUAAGUUUAAGAAGAGCGGUGGUGAUGCCGAGCUGGAUGUCAUUACAGACCAUGGACUAUUGGCAUUACAGGGUCCCAAAUCAGCAGAAGUGCUUCAGAACAUCUUGAAUCAAGAUCUAAGUGAUUUUAAAUUCAUGAAUGGCCGAUUUAUUAAAAUAAAAGGCAUUGAAUGUCAUGUGGCACGGUCUGGAUAUACUGGUGAAGAUGGAUUUGAGAUCGCCGUGCCUGCGCCAGAGGCAGCACAUCUCUCAGAAAUACUUUUAUCAAACCCUGUAGUCCAAUUGGCAGGGCUUGGCGCAAGAGAUAGUUUGAGAUUGGAAGCCGGGUUAUGCCUAUACGGUCACGAUUUGGAUGACACUACUACGCCAGUUGAGGCUGGAUUGACAUGGACAAUUGGCAAGCGACGGAGGGAAGAGGGAGGUUUUAUCGGAGCAGAAAAGAUACUUCCUCAAAUAAAGGAUGGUGUCGCGCGUCGUCGUGUUGGACUUGUUGUAGAAGGCGCUCCGGCAAGAGAAAACGCGGAAAUGCUAAGUGAGUCUGGUGAAACAAUCGGAAAAAUAACAAGUGGCGGUCCAUCUCCAAGUCUUAAGAAAAAUAUAGCAAUGGGAUAUGUCAAGUCAGGUUAUCACGAGCAAGGCACGAACUUACAAGUGAAAGUGCGCAAUCGGCUUCAGAAGGCAAGCGUUGUCAAAAUGCCUUUUGUGCCUGCUAGAUAUCAUAAAUGA